AUGGAGUCCUCAGAUGGGCCAGGAGGCGAAGGAGACAGGCCACUUGAGAAGGUGAUGGAUGUACCCCACUUGGAGAGGAGCGCCAGCACCAUCCCUGCUGGAGACUCACUUGUGAGCCAUGCCAAGGGCCUGGACCAGUGUACCUUCAGAAUUUGUAAAGAAUGUCUAAGACCAUUAAAGAAGUGCCUGCGAAAGUUGAACGUGCCCAAGGACCGUCCCCAGAAGAAGCAGCUGAACUACAUGAAGAAGAGCCUGGUGGUCCUAGGCGACCACAUCAACACCUUUCUUAAGCACUACUGCCGAGCCUGGGAAACGAAGCACUGGAGGAAGAUGCUCUGGAGAUUUGUCUCCCUCUUCUCGGAGUUGGAGGCAAAGCAGCUUCACAAGCUCUACAAGUACACCAAGAACAGCCAGAACGCCAAGUUCCUGGCAACAUUCUUGCCCUUGGAUGCUCUGGAGAACUCCUUGCUGGCCAACCAGGAAGACUCUCUGCCCAAGCUCUGCAGCGCCUGGGGGCUGCACAACAACAUUAGUGGCAUGAAGGAGAGGCUGUCCAAGAUGCAGGCCCCAGGUGGCGAGGCCCCCCUACUGGUGGAGCCAAGAUGUGGCACCCACCUCAGGAGAGGUUCCUCAAGAAAACUUCCUAAAAAACCAAAAUGCAAGAGCAAGGGGGUUAAGGAAGUCCCAGAAACCCCAGAGACCAGCCCAUAA